UCCAAUCGUAAAGCCGUCACCAUGAUCCCUCGCCCAGGAGCCGUAAUUCCGAAAGACACUAGAUGCUACAACUGCCGACAAAUGGGGCACACCGCCAAAGAUUGCAAGAAGCCGAAAAGACCGGACAACGGAUGCUUCAUCUGUUUCGAAGUGGGCCAUAUGCACCGUCAGUGUCCCAAGCGCACCGUGGGCUUUACCUUGCCAGAAGCUGAAGAAACCAUGGAUGAAAAGCCGUUUAUUCAGUUAAUACCGGAAGCCCAAUAAGCUUUUUGGGAAAGUCAUACUAUCCAUAUUUAAAUGAAGAUCAUCAGCUAAAGAAAAGUC